CUUACAGCUUCCUUGCGUGAUCACCAUGGCAGACAAGCCAAAGUCGUCAAUCCCAGAGUGGCAAAAGUCCAAUGCCAGCUCGGAGAACAGCAACACUGACACCACCACCAACCCAAGCGCAGAUAACGACACUGAAGACCGCCCAGCGCUCCUCGACCAAGCCGCCAAGUUCCUCCAGGAUGACUCCAUUCGCGAUGCCCCCAUCGACCGCAAGAGAACAUUCCUAGAGUCCAAGGGCCUGCGCAACGAUGAGAUUGACCUUCUGCUGAGCCAUUCCCCUGGGGAGUUCAGCACCUCGGAAAAGAGCAGUAACCCCGAGGUCGAGGUCGCCAACAACCACGAAGCUCCCAGCAGCAGCAGCAGCAGCAGCAGCAACGCAUCUCCACCACACUCCUCCUCCACAGCAACCACUCCAUCAACAAGCGCCAGCGCCAGCGCCAGCACCUCCACCCCAGCAACAGCACCCCGCGACAUCCCCCCAAUAAUCACCUACCCCGAAUUCCUGACCACGCCCGCCACGCAACCGCCCCUCAUCACCCUGCGCAGCACGCUCUACACCCUCUACGGCGCCGCGGGCCUCGCAACAACCUUCUACGCCGCCAGCGAAUACCUGGUGAAACCGAUGAUCGCGCAACUGACCGCCGCGCGCCACGACCUGGCCGAAACCACCACCACCAACCUACGCACGCUGAACACGAAACUCGAAUCCGUCGUCUCGACCAUCCCGCCCCCGCCACAAAGCCCCCUCGACACCACCAUCCACCCGAAAGACAACGAAGACGAAGACGCAGAAUCCAUAACCUCCGACCCAACGGAACUCUUCCACCGCGACGUCGCCGUGCAAACCAGCCCCAGCCCGCCCCUCGAACCCACCCAACCCUCCCUAAUCACCACCACCACAGCCACAAACGAAACCACCCAAAACCCCACCUCCACCCCCCUCGAAAAAGCCCGCUCCCACACGUCCAGAAUGCACACCCUGACGGCCCACCUCCGCUCCCUCACGGACACCGACCAGUCCGCCUCGGAGCUCGACACCGCCCUGCGCGCCAAGCUGAAUGACCUGCACCAUUACCUGGAUACCUAUAUCUACAGUAAACCCGGGGGCGGGGCCAUGUUCAACCCCAUGGCCGGGUAUGGGGUGUUCAGUACCCCCGGGAUAGAGUCCGGUAAUACUACCACCGGGGGGAACGGGAAUGGGGGGCUGGGGUUGGGGAAAGGGGAGGAGGAUGCUAUUGCGACUUUUCGGACGGAGAUCCGCGGUGUCAAGGGGGCGUUGUUGAGUGCCAGGAACUUUCCGGCGGGUGGGGGGAGAGCCGGG